AGCAGCUUCUUUCCUGUGUCAAAAACAAGAAGAUCCCAGUUCAAAAAAAAAAAAAACAAGAAGAUCAGCCAGUGAUCGCCUCCCAAAACAACUCUCAAAAACCCAAGUUUUUCCAGGCCUUCUCGUGGUGUCUAUCGACGUUCCUUGAGGGAGCAGCCUUUCGCUACUGCCGCCACUCCACAUCUUCCCACGCAAGGCGAAGAUGUCGGUGGCCGUGUGCCGUGGCCCGGCCGUGCCGGCGUUCGAGACCCCCGCCUGGCUGCGCCCGGCUGAGCUGUACAAGCCGGAGGCGGCGGUGGCCGACGACCGGCCUGCGCAGGUCGACGUAUGGAAUGCCAUCCAGGCCGACGUGGUCGACAGCAAGGCGGCCGCCGCCAAGAAGCCGUACGUCAGCCCGCGCGUGCGCCGGUCCAUGAGCCAGAAGAGCCUCGAGGUCUGCACCGAGAGCCUCGGCUGCGAGACCGGCUCCGGCGACUUCACCGACGCCGUCGACAUGGCCUGCCUCUUUGGUGCCUCGCCGCUGCCGACGGCGCCCGGCGAGGCAGAGGAGUCCUUCUGGGAGGAGAGCAGUGCCGCACAAGAAAGCUGCUACCCGGGCGAGGUCGACCUCGUGGCGGUGAACUACCACUCCUCGGCCGGGAGACGGUCGCCGCGCCGCUCGUUCCCGCCGCCGCUGCCGUCCAUGUCCAGCCGCGACGGGCCGUGCCUGAAGAUGUGCUCGCGCCGCCAGGACGGCCGCCUCGUCGUCGAGGCGGUGGUGGUGAGGCCGCGCGGGUACCUCCAGGCGAACCGCCAGGGCGGCCGCCUCUGCCUCUCCUUCAUCGAGUGUUCUGCCCGUGGGCAGAGAGGUACGAGCAAGAGCGCGGCCCCGGCCGAGGCGUCCUACUUCGUCCCGGUCAUGGAGGGCAAGUGCGAGCCAGAGCAGGAGGUGGCCAUGCAGGUGGAGGAGGAGGAGGAGGAGGAAGACGAGGAGGAGGUGGAGGUGGUGGACAGAGGCACCAUGGUGGAGGUGAAGGUCAGCUCGCAGCCGCAGGCGCCCGCGGCCGCCAAGGUGCACCGGUCGACGCUCGUGAUCAACAAGUUCGUUGGGAGCACGCCCUUCACCUUGGAGCAAGCGCGGUGCCACGCCGCCGACGCGCCGCACCCCGAGCCGUCCGCCCGCGAGGAAACCCCAACGCUGCUGCGCCGGGUGCCCUCGUCCACGACGACGCUCGCGGCCGCGGUCGCGGUGGCGUCGACCGAGACGGGCGCGCCGCACGCUCCCGUCGACGGCGACGACAGUGACGAGGAGGACGAGGUCGACGAGUGCGGCGGACGGCACCACCGCGCGUCGGCCCUGGCCGCCGCGGACACGAAGCAGCAGCUCCUGCUGUUCACGUCGCGGCGGGGCGACAAGCACGACCUGCUGCAGAGCGUGCGGCGGUGCCGGCAGCUGCGGCAGAAGCCGCUCUUCAUCCUGGAGCAGUACUGCAUUGCCACCUCCUAAUCGCACGCACAUGCGCUCACCCGAAGCAAAGCACGAGACAAAACAUGUACAAUCACUCACAGCAUUUGCACUGCUGCUAAUGCGAUACUUCGGUUGCAUUUGCAUUUGCCUUAAACUAAUCGAGCACGCACGCCUACAAUUCCCGUCCCAGAUCCCAGAUAGUUAGCCAGUGGGAUAAUAACAACCUUAAUCCGUGGCCACAGUGGCUGCCUGCUGCAUGCAUGCCGGGCUUUUUUGUGACACAUGUCGCUCUUUUUUCCCUGAUCGAUCGAUCGGUCGGGUCGCCGUUUGGCCCCGGUGCAUGCAGCGGCUAGCUCUGCUUCCGGCCGGCGUGACCGCUAGUACUGCACUCGUGAUGUAUUUCCAGUGUGAUUUGAGUAAUUAUUCAAUGAAUUAACAGAUUGUUG